GCCGCCUGUGGCCGCAGAGGGCGCUGCACGCAUGGCAGGCCGGGCUCCGCGGCCUUCACAUCUUUUUGUCUGAGAACUGGAUCCCUCUGCCGCUCUACAGUGUGUGCGAUAGCCUCGGAGCUGCGUCCGUAACACACUGUCAAACCACUCCAAACGAAUACAACCGCGACCAAAAGCAUUAAUUCUACACAUUCUGCCAUGGCGUUUCUAAUCCGCCGGUAAAUCGGUCGUAUUUGUGACUGUUCGUUGGAACUUAGUCCGGGGUUGAAUCGGGCUUGCUUUCUGUGUGCAUCAGUCUUUAUUAGCGAGCUGCCGCUCUUCUUGCUAUCAGCUAUUUCUUUAACUUUUUAAACACUCAGCUUCGCGAAUGACUGAGCGCCGGCGGAGUAUGGGAUCCUUGGUGUCUUAAGAAGCGACUGAAGUGGGGUUUAACCGUUUUUGCAUGCAAAAACAAUGGCAAAUUCGACGGGGAAAAAUCUACUAGAUCAGCGAAGGAAAGGACAGGCUUUCCUGGACGAGCUGCGGCAAUUUCACCAAAGCAGAGGAUCGCCGUUCAAGAAGAUUCCUAUCGUGGGUGGGAAAGAGCUGGACCUGAAUGCUCUCUAUAUCAGAGUCGUCUCUUUAGGUGGAUUUGCUAAGGUCUCUGACAAAAACCAAUGGAUUGAACUUGGAGAAGAGUUUAACUUUCCAAGGAGUUGUUCCAACGCUGCAUUUGCUUUAAAACAGUACUACCUUCGAUACUUGGAGAAGUAUGAGAAAGUCCACCACUUCGGCGAGGAUGAUGAGGAAGCGCAGCCGGGGAAUCCCAAAGCCUCUCUUCCAAUCGACUAUCUCCGCCAAAGCUAUGGACUUUCUUCAGAUUUUGUUCCCCCGUGCGACUACAACAAACUGGUGCUGUCUCUCCUUUCGGGCCUACCCAACGAAGUGGACUUUGCCGUUAACGUUUGCACUCUGCUUUCCAACGAGAGCAAGCACGCCAUGCAGCUGGACAAGGACCCCAAACUGGUCACGUUGCUGCUGGCUCACGCCGGCGUCUUCGACGACUCGCUAGGCAGCUUCUCCGGGGUAUUCGGGACGGACUGGAAGGAGAAAACCUCCCGGGACUUUGUCAGGUUCUGGAAGGAGGUGGUGGAGGACGUUGAAGUCAGGGAGCUGAUCUGGGACAAGAACAGCCCAGCACAAGAUGGUACAUCGUGUGAGGAGCGCUGGCACAGCCUCUUCCACCCACCGCGGAACCCGGGUAUCAGUGACAAGGAGGCCCAGCGGGUGCUGCAGAUUGCCGUUAUCCUGCGAAACCUUUCCUUCGAGGAGGCCAACGUCAAGCUGCUGGCGGCCAACCGAACGUGCCUGCGCUUCCUUUUGCUCUGUGCCCACUGUAACCUCAUCUCACUCCGACAGCUUGGACUUGACACGUUAGGCAACGUGGCUGCCGAGCUCCAGCUGGAUCCCGUUGACUUUCGGACAACUCAUCUGAUCUUUCACACCAUCACCAAAUGUUUGAUGUCCAGGGACAGGUUUCUCAAAAUGAGAGCCAUGGAAAUCCUGGGCAACCUCAGCAAAGCGGAGGACAACGGAGUGCUAAUCUGUGAGUACGUGGACCAGGACUCGUACAGGGAGGUAAUAAUGCUCCUCACCCUGCCUGACCUCAUGCUCCUCAUGGCCUCUUUGGAGGUGCUGUACCUGCUGGCCCAGCUCGGAGAGAUUCCCUGCAGCAAGAUCGCCUCCGUCGACCGUAGCAUAGACCUGUUAGUGCGGUUAGUAUCGGUUGACCUCCACACGUUUGGACCUGACGCCCUAGCGGCGGUGCGAUUGAUCGAGCAUCAGGCCAGCGCUGACCAGGCAGCCGAGGUUCGACCACAGCUGGUAGAGCAGGUACCUGCAGCCGUGCAGGGAGCAGCGGCGCCUGUAACGAGGGUCGCAGUUCAACCCACUCAGCCACCUCCUGGUAUUGUUGAACUAGACGGGGAAAAAUUUACACUGCAGUGGCUAAAUGCACACUUUGAGACGAACGCCGAGGGCUCUGUGUCUCGAUCAGAAAUGUACUCUGAGUACCUGGCCACGUGCAGUAAAAUGGGACGAAGCAACAUCUUGAACUCCGCCGGCUUCCUCAAAUGUCUGCGGACUGUGUUUCCCAACCACACAAUGCGGCGGCAAGAGGAGACCAAGGCAGGCAGUCAGGUUCAGAUUCUCCUGGUAGGGCUACGGCGGCGGUCGAUCCCCUUGCCCAUCCAACUGUACUACCAGCAGCCUCAGCAGCAGAAUCCGGCGGCAGCUCCAACACCUCCAGCAGCCCGACACGAAGCUCCUGGAGACCCUCAGGCCCCACCUCCAGGCAUACCUCUCGGGCCUCCCAGUCUUGCACCCCAGUUUGUCCGGGUCCCAGGCCCCAGCCUCAGCACCACUGGUGCCGCCCCCUCCAUGGCCUUGACAGCACAGGAACCUCCCCAUGCAAGCCACCCGACUGUUCCCCGUCACCCGGCAACCCCGCAGGUGUCUCCACAGUUACCACCAAAUCCUCUGGCAGCAGCACAGCAGCAGCAGCAGCAGCAACAGGUCCGACCUGGUCCUGUGGUCCAGAUUCCCACGUCGGCACCGGCCACCCUGAACCACAGCCCCCAGAACCCUGCCCUUCCACCUCCACCUGCAGCUCAGCAACACUCCCCUAUGCUCCCCACGGGGACGCCUGUUACGCUAUUUCAGCAGGUACCACAGGGCCACAUCCUCACCGCCAGGGUACAAGGUGUGUGUCCUCCCAUCCCCCAGCACCCGGCCCUGCCUCAAACCCCUCCCCUGACUGGAGCUCAGGGUGGAGCUCCCCAGGUGGAGCCUCAGUGUGUUGCUGCGGCAACGACACCCUCUUCUUCCAUCCAGGUGGGGGGUGGUCAGGCGUUGAGUAUCGCUGGUGUGCCCAAUUCCCAAGGGUCUCGCGUCACAUUUCAGAAUAUCGCCCCCAAACCAGCGCCAAACCAGUCAGGUGGACCAGCAGCCACGAUAGCCACUCCCAACCAGCAGCCUCCGCCUCAACAGCAGGCGCAGAGUGUAGUAAUAGUCAGUCCCAACCCCCAGCAGAACCCAGCCUACACCCCUGCCAUACACCAGAUCGUUCUUGCCAACCCCUCCGCCAUUCCCGGUGCCCAGACUAUUCAGAUAGCAGGGCAGCCUGGCGCUGCUUCCAGCCCCUGCCCGCCUCCCACUUCCCACUCAAACACCCAGGUCCAGCCCAAUCAAACUGUCAGCCACACACUGUCCAUGAAACGGCAUCAACCGCAGCAUCAACAACAGCCACAGCUCCAAAUAAUUUCCCAAAAUCCCCCCUCUCAGCCUACCUCCACUGAGUCCAGCUUGAUCAAACAGCUACUGCUUCCAAAGCGAGGGCCUUCUACUCCGGGAGGAAAGCUCAUCCUACCCGCUCCACAGGUGCCCCCUCCCAACAGCACGAUAGCACCCAGUCCACAGGUCAUCUACCAGACAAGCUACAGCACCCAGAAUCCCCCUCCUCAGCCUCAGCAGCUCAAUGUCCAGCUGGUUCCUGGUCAGCUCCCUGCUGCAGGAGCCCCAGCCCUCCAGGCGGUCCAGCUCGUGCCAGGCCAGCUCAUUUCCACGAGUAGUGCAGGGGCAGCUACCAUCAUCCAGGGCCCCACGGCAGCUGGACAAGUCACAUUCACCGUGGUCCCCAACACUGGCUUCACCACCUCCGCUGCUGCUGUUGCUGCUGUCAGCCAGGGUGCUGUGGCUCCGGGAGUUCCCCCUCCUCCAUUCUCUACUGCAACAGUGCCCCACCACGCCCCGGCAGCUCCACCACCACCACCACCACCACCACCACCACCGCCGCCGCCACCACCACUGCCAGCUCCCCUCAGAGGAGACAAGAUCAUUUGUCAAAAGGAGGAGGAGGCUAAAGACGCCACGGGGCUGCACAUACACGAGAGAAAGAUAGAGGUGAUGGAGAACUCGUCUUUGGCAGAAGGAGACUCUAACGGUAAAACCAGUAACGGCGAUGUUGCGGCAGGUGCCAAGCUGCUAAAUGGUCGGAAGUGCAUGGAGUCUAAUCUACCUCCAUACCACUCAGGGAACAGCCAGGGGGCACUCAAUGGCCCGGCUACGGAGAGUCACCCUGCUAAUGGGAAGCAGGCCCUCUCCCCCAGCCUGAACACCCCCCUGGAGGGCAACCCCGACCCCAAAAAGACUCUAGUCAACGGGGUGUGUGACUUUGAUCGUUGUGACAGUGGUGGCAACUUAAACAAAAACAUUCCAAAUCACAUUGCUUCCAAACAGUACCUGGGGAAUGGGGAGGUGGGCCCCUCUGAGAAGAGUCACGGGUCAGACCCUCCUCUUCCUAGUCCUCCUCCCCCCCAGCAGGACACUGCCAAAGCCCAGCAGGCCGAGCGCCUGGCUAACGGACCCCAGGCAGUAGGCAACAGGCCUCCCUCGGAAUUAACUAAUGGACCUUUGGGGCCCGGCCACGCUGUGCCUGUAUUAAGACAGCAACUGCUCCCCAAUUCCACCUUCCCCUCCACUGUUACCUCCCAGAGUCUCGCUGCCCCUCCUGCAAACGGAGUGGCCUCCGAGGCUCGAGGUCUCAAGAGACCGGCUGAGAACGAGGAGCGCAGCACAGCGGCAGCACCCUCGGGGAUCCCCAAUAAAGUGGGAGUGCGGAUCAUCACCAUCAGUGACCCCAACAACGCCGGCAGCAGUGCCACCAUGGUGGCGGUGCCAGCAGGAACAGACCCAAGCACAGUAGCCAAAGUAGCAAUAGAGAACGCCACUCAGCAGAGGAACUGCUCGCCCACACUGGCAGCUGGCUCAACGCCUACAGUUACCCCGUCCCCUCCACCUGUAUCCCAGCCUGCACCUGGGGGUAACCACAGCCCUCGCCUCCCAGCACAGCAAACCCCCGCAGCACCACCAGAGCAGAGCAGGAAAGCAGGGCAGAACUUCAAGUGUCUGUGGCAGUCCUGUAAACGGUGGUUUGAAACGCCGUCUCAGGUGUUUUACCACGC